AUGGAGGGGAUCAUCCAGCAAGGGACUCCGCCCCCUAACCAAUGGAAGCGAAGGUCGACCAGUCGAGGAGAUGAUGGGCUCUCCGCCGACGCAGAAAACAGCCGAGGCAAGCAGCCGGGUUCCGAAGAGGACGAAGCCCAAUGGCGCCAGAAGCCAGUCAUUAACAUGAUAGUCGGCGGGCCAGAGGGCGGCGAUUCCGCAAACACCCGGAAAGCCUGGGCUCGGCAACUAUAUAUCGGAACGGUCUACGGCCGCGAGGAGAGCUCCAAAAAGGUGUGCCGGGAGCCCAUCGUGUUCACCGAUAAGGACCUGCCAUCCGGGGAAACCCCGCAUCGAGACGCGUUGGUCAUCGCCAUGGACAUCAACGGCGUAGUCGUCCGCCGAAUCCUGGUCGACACCGGGAGUAAUGUCAACGUGCUGUACCUGGAGACCUUUACCAAGAUGGGGCUGACCCGAGAACAGCUCAGACCCGUGAACACCCCUCUCGCCGGCUUCACCGGAAACUCAGUGGAGGCGGAAGGGUCCAUCACUCUUCCUGUGGAGAUCGGCAGUUAUCCGGAUGUACAAAAGUUGAGCAUGAAGUUCAUCGCGGUCGAUCUAGCCUGCUCGCACAACGCCAUACUCGGCCGCCCGGGUCUAGAAGACCUCGGAGCCUUGAUCUCGAUUGAACACCUAUGCCUGAAGUUUCGCACGCCGAACGGGAUAGGAACAGUGCGUUGUGACCGCAAAGUCGCCCGCGACUGCUAUUUACAAGCGUGUAGAGGAAUGGGCAAGCGUGGGAUGCAGGUCCACGAGAUCACCGAGAGGCCCCCUAAGAAAACUGCAAUACCUCGCCCCGAGCCGGCCGUCGAGCUGGAAGAAAUCGAAAUUGACCCAGCGCAGCCUGGUAGGCGAGUACGGAUCGGAGUCGGCCUUCCGGAAAAGUUAAAAGGGGAAAUCGUGAAAGUGCUCCAGGAGCACCGACUGGUUUUCGCCUGGGGCCCAGAAGAUAUGCCCGGAGUGGAUCGAUCGAUCAUAUCGCAUCGACUCGCCGUGGACCCAGAGCACCGGCCGAUCGUGCAAAAGAAACGGUACUCGGCCAACGACCGGAGGGAGUUUGUGAAGAAAGAAGUGAGCACGCUGCUAGCAGCCGGGCACGUCCGUGAGGUUAAGUACCCGGAAUGGUUGGCUAACGUGGUCCUCGUACCCAAGCCCUCGGCAUGGCGAAUGUGUGUAGACUACACUGAUCUUAACAAAGCCUGCCCAAAAGACCCGUUUCCUCUGCCCCGAAUCGACCAGUUAGUCGACGAAAUGGCCGGGUCGGCGCUGCUCAGUUUCAUGGACGCCUUCAGAGGGUACCAUCAAAUAUUCAUGCAUCCGGCGGACGAGGAGAAGACCGCUUUCCUGACUCCGGACGGAGUUUACUGCUAUCGAGUCAUGCCAUUCGGACUCAAAAACGCAGGGGCUACAUACACUCGAAUGGUCGCCCGGCUGUUCCACCACCUGCUAGGAAAAUCGAUGGCCGCAUAUGUCGACGACAUGCUCGUCAAGAGUCGAGAGGAGGACAAGCACGCGGAAGAUUUAGCCGACUGCUUUAAGGUAAUGAUAAAGUACAACCUCCGACUGAACCCCAAGAAGUGUGCAUUCGCCGUCCAAGGUGGUAAGUUCUUGGGCUACAUGGUCACCAAACGAGGCAUUGAGCCUAAUCCGGAGAAAGUACAGGCUAUCCUCGACAUGCAGCCCCCUACUACCGUCAAGGACUUGCAACGCUUGACGGGACGCUUGGCUGCUCUUAGCCGCUUCCUUAGCAAAUCAGCGGAUAAAACUGUGCCCUUCUUCGAAGCCAUGAAGAAGAAGGAGGGAUUCGCUUGGACUACCGAGUGCCAGCAGUCGUUCGAGGAAUUAAAACAAUAUCUGUCGACUCCCCCAGUACUAUCUACCCCCCAGGAGGGCGAGCCCUUACUCUUGUACCUUGCCGCCUCGGCCAAGGCAGUAAGUUCUGUGCUGGUCCGAGAAGAAGACCGAGUCCAGCACCCGGUUUACUAUGUAAGCCGCUCGCUGAAAGCUGCCGAGACGCGGUACACCACCCUGGAGAAGAUCGUGUAUGCCUUGGUAGUCACCGUGCGUAAAUUGGCGCCUUACUUCCAAGCCCAUACCGUCCGGGUCCUGACGGAUCAGCCACUCGGGAGUGUGCUACGGAACCCCUCAUCCUCCGGCCGACUGGUAAAGUGGGCCGUCGAGUUGACUCAGUAUGGGAUCGAGUACCAGCCGAGACCCUCCAUCAAAGGCCAAGCUUUGGCCGACUUCCUGGUCGAAUGUACCGCAAGUGAGGAAGAGAAGGAACACGCCUCGGAGAGCAAUUCGGGCGAGUGGUGGGAGAUGCAUGCGGAUGGAGCAUCGAGUCGACAGCACUGCGGAGGCGGUGUCAUGCUCAUCUCUCCGGAGGGAUUUCGGCUAUAUUACGCCCUAAGAUACCUGUUUUCGGCAUCGAAUAAUGAGGCCGAAUAUGAAGCAGUAUUGAACGGCCUCCGGCUCGCCAAGGAUCUGGGAGUUGAACGGCUACGAAUCAAAACCGACUCCCGACUGGUAGUCGGACAGAUCUCGGGUACGUGCGAAGCUAAGAAUGCGAGAAUGGCAUUGUACAAAGAAUGUGCCGCCAGGAUGUUGCAGGGGCUCGAGGCCUAUGAAAUAGAAUACAUAUCCCGGGCGGACAACGUAGAAGCCGAUAUCUUGUCUAAAAUCGCCCUGGAAGGGGUACCAGACCACUUGAUAAGGAUCUGCCAGAAGGAGGAGCUAAGUCAGCCGAGUAUCGAAGGGACAUCGCUAGCCAUCCAACAAGUCAACGUCGAGGAGUGGGAUCGAGAGAAAAACCCUGAGAUGUUUUGGAUAGAAGAUAUCCGGCGGUUCAAGGAAAGGGGCGAGCUGCCAGAUGACCCGGCAGUCGCCGCAAGGGUUCGACGAAAGGCCCCCUCCUUCUGGAUCAUCGACGGACAUCUAUAUAAGUAG